AUCAGCUCUGAAAAUGCUGCGCUUAUGAAAUAUUAAUACGUGAUAAGGGCGCCAACGCACAACGUCAACCAGAUGCCAGAAAAUAGAUUACGGAGAUCAGUCCACGAGGGUAGGGGAAAUUGCUCCGUUUUACCUGACUGUCCUUUUUUUCAGUUCUGGUGCAAAAAAGACAAUUUUUAAGUGUCAGUUGAUGUGAGUAUCGAAAGUUUCGAUGGAUUUCACUAUUGAGCCGUAAAGUCUAUAUGCUUCGUGCGCUCAUAAACCGACUUCAAAGUGAAAUUACUCAUUCCUGCGUCCGUUACGCUAAGCAUAGAAUCGUAUUUUGAUCGAAACUUUUUGAGAAGAGAAGAAGACGUGGAUGGAGCGGUUUGUAAUCAUUUUACUUCUUGGCUGUGCGAUUUUUGUUGCCGGGAAAAUCGAUGGUAGAAACAAUGCGGCAUCCUCAGUUUUUAGUGAAAUACGGUUAAGCAGAACAUUUGUGGACAAAACAUUAUGGCUCAAAGAAUUUCACGAAAUACCCUCCAAACACACUUAUCUCACAGCACCCUUGCGGUUUGGAAAGACGACCAAUAUGGAAAUGAUGAGAGAAUUUUUCAGCAUCACUAACAACGAAAAGCAGACCCGUGAUCUUUUCGCAAACACCCUUAUCCACUCCAAAGAAAAUAAUUUUUUUAACGCACAUUUUCGAAAAUAUCCAGUGAUGCACUUAAAUUUCCAACCUCUUUUGUCCACGACGAGUAAACUAACCUUCUGGGAAAACAUGUGCAAAAUAUUCACUGAUGUCAGAAACAACACUGACCCAACACUUUUCCUAUUAACCACCAAGAAAAAAAACGCAGAAUUAAGGAAAUUGAAUGAAGCGUGUAUAGACAAGUUUGAAUUCGAAAAAUUUACAAUGAAUUACACGAAGGCCCUGUACAAACAUUAUGGCCAGAAAAUAAUCGUUCUGAUCGACGAAAUGGACGCUUUGACACGCGCUAUUUUAAAAAGGAACAUCAAGGAGCAAAAUGAGACAGUAUUGGAGUUUAAGCUAAUACUACAAAAAUGGUUGGAAAGUAACGAACACAUUGAGAAAACAUUCAGUGUUGGAUCUGUGUCCACAACCCAUCUAGCUCAUAUGGAUUCUUAUCCAGACUGCAUCGAAAAAGUAGUUUUCAACGAUAAUGAGCGGUACGCGAAAUACUUCGGCUUCACUGACAAAGAAGUAGAGCAUCUACUCGAGAAAGCCUCUCUAACAGACAAGCUACAGAGAUUCAAAUCGUACUACGAUGGGUAUGGUGUCGCCUACUCCAAUCUCCGGGUGUACAACACAAUUUCCCCGAUCAAAUUCAUAACGUACCGAAAAUUUGCGCCCUACUGGUCUGAAUCGGUCGAUCCAUUGAAACACGAUUUUCUGGGUCUCUUCUCACGACCAGAGAUCGGAUCUCUGGUCGAGAAGGCCAUUUUUUGGGACAUGAACGAACUACCAGAACUCGAACACCUACAGCAUCCAAUCGGAAAAGAUGUGUUCCAUACCGUACGGGGCAAUGCAAUUGUCACUGCGAAGGACGUAGUUGCAGCCGGCGACAUUCUCGUUGAUUACCUCAAGGAGUCUGGUUACCUCGGUGACUCCGGUUACUCCGGUUUGUUGGUAGCGACCAAUCAGGACGCCGCUUUCGCCCUGGGGACGACUUUGGCGCGGGAUUCGAACUACUUCCAGAACGCGCGUAAUAUCUCCUCCGCCGCGAAGACGAGACUCGUCGAGGCUGUAAAAAAUCUAGCGACGUCAAAGGAGACGAUGAGAGAACUAGCAGGGGCGGUUCACGGACUUUUCCAACCGGCUUGUGCGUUGGUGACCGAGGAGAGAGUGUCUUUUGCGGGCCCGAUUUUCACAAUUCUAGCCUACGAGGACCCGGAAGUCUUCGAGACGGUGCUGUCACCCUUGCGCGUUGGGGAUCAGCCGAACAGGCCAGACGUGGUGCUCGUUCGCAAGGAUUCUGUCGCUUUUGUGAUCACGCUGAGACGGGGCAGAAGUGCCCGCGAGGCCGCAGAAGCUGCUUUGAACUCGGAGUAUGAGAGGAUAUUUGAGGAGGAUUUGAAGGGUGUCGAGAUUGAGUCUAAAAUUUUUGUAGGGCUCAAUUUGGAUGUUGACUGUCGAGUGUCGACUGGUUUUGGGGAGGACGGAAUACAAGUGAAUGAAAAUAAGGAGGUAAGCAGUCCAAUCGAUGAGACUGGAUGAGGGACAGACAUCGUCACCUUCCGGCCAAAAUAUCACAAGCGCCAUGCGACGCUUAAAAGUUUCU